CGUCGUUAAGAAGGAAGGAAGACUUGAUUAAAGUUCGUUUCUUCAAUUUCCCCAAAUAAGGAUUACAAAGGAGGAACCUUUUUCUGAUUUAUUACGUUCCAAGAAGGAAAGCCGUCAACUAUAUCUUGUAAAUUAACACGUUUAGGUCUCCUUCGUUGCAUCCGAUCGUUGACUAUAUUAGAAGGAAAAGAGCGGAUUAAUGAUGAGAGGGAAAUUGGGUUUUUGGGUUUGCUUUUGGUUUCUCUUAUUUGGGUCUUGCUUGGGAAGGUUUGUUGUAGAGAAGAACAGUUUAAGGAUAACUUCACCCAAUUCAUUGAAGGAGACUUAUGAAUGUGCAAUUGGGAAUUUUGGAGUUCCUCAGUAUGGAGGAAGUAUGACGGGUACUGUAAUUUAUCCAUCAUCAAAUCAGAAGUCAUGCAAAACCUUCGAUGAUUUUGGUAUUUCCUUCAAAUCAAAAGCUGGUGGCCAACCAGUUUUCCUUCUUGUUGAUCGAGGAGAUUGCUUUUUUACAUGGAAAGCAUGGAAUGCACAAAAUGGAGGAGCAGCUGCAAUUCUUGUUGCAGACGAUAAAUCUGAAGCUUUAAUCACGAUGGAUACACCAGAAGAAGACGAUGCAAAGGCAGAUUACUUGCAAAACAUAACGAUUCCAUCUGCUCUUAUUAGCAAAUCUUUGGGUGAUAGCAUAAAGAAAGAGUUAUCUAAUAAAGAGAUGGUUACCAUAAGCCUUGAUUGGAGGGAGGCACUUCCCCAUCCCGAUGAGCGAGUUGAGUACGAAUUCUGGACGAAUAGUAACGAUGAGUGUGGACCGAAAUGUCAAACUCAGAUUGAAUUUGUUAAGAACUACAAAGGAGCGGCUCAGAUCCUUGAACAGAAGGGAUAUACUCAGUUUACACCACAUUACAUAACUUGGUAUUGCCCAGAGGCGUUUCUUCUUAGCAAGCAAUGUAAGACUCAGUGCAUUAACCAUGGAAGGUAUUGUGCGCCCGAUCCAGAACAAGACUUCACAAAAGGGUAUGAUGGGAAGGAUGUCGUUCUUCAGAAUCUAAGACAAGCGUGUUUCUUCAAGGUUGCUAAUGAGAGUGGGAAACCUUGGCUUUGGUGGGACUAUGUUAGUGACUUCUCAAUUCGUUGUCCGAUGAAAGAGCAGAAAUACACUACAGAGUGUGCAAAUGAAGUCAUAAAAUCGCUUGCUAUGGACAUCAAGGAGAUAGACAAAUGCAUAGGGAAUCCUGACGCAGAUGAGGAAAACACAGUUCUUAAGGCUGAGCAAGAGGCACAGAUUGGAAAAGGCACCCGUGGAGAUGUGACCAUCUUGCCAACCCUUAUUAUAAACAACCGGCAAUAUAGAGGUAAACUGGACAAGAGUACAGUUCUGAAAGCCAUUUGCUCCGGCUUCCAGGAAACAACAGAACCUGCCAUUUGUUUAAGCGAAGAAAUGGAAACAAAUGAAUGCCUUGGAAAUAAUGGUGGAUGCUGGGAGGAUAAAACUGCCAACAUCACUGCAUGUCGGGAUACAUUCCGUGGAAGAGUGUGUGAAUGCCCUAUUGUGCAGGGUGUAAAGUUUCUUGGUGAUGGAUAUACUCACUGUGAAGCUUCAGGAGCUUUGCGAUGUGCGGUUAAUAAUGGGGGAUGUUGGAGAGGAACUCAGGAAGGCAGGACUUAUUCUGCUUGUCUUGACGACAAUUCAAAAGGCUGUACAUGUCCACCAGGAUUCAAGGGUGAUGGUGUCCACACAUGCGAAGAUAUCGAUGAAUGCAAAACGAAAUCAGCUUGUACAUGCCCAGAUUGCAAAUGCAAGAACACUUGGGGCAGUUAUGAAUGCAGCUGUAAUGGCAAUAAUCUAUUUUACAUGCGAGAACACGACACAUGCAUAGGCAAAGAUGUUAAGACUGAGAUGAGCUGGAGUUUGUUGUUUACUGUUAUCCUUGGCUUGGCUGCUGUUGGAGUUGGUGGAUAUGCUAUAUAUAAGUACAGGAUUCGGAGGUACAUGGAUUCGGAGAUUCGGGCAAUUAUGUCACAGUACAUGCCACUGGAUAGUCAAGCCGAGGAGCACAACCACAUUUCUAGAGGUGGCGUGUGAAAAACAAGAGAACUGUCAUGGGAUUUUGGCAAAACAUGAAAUUAAAUUUUCGGUUCUUUAGAGAAUUUUCAUUAUGUUCCUCGUUUUCUUUCAUGUAUAUUGGAUAAAGGAUAUAUAAACAUAAAUCAUAUAAUGCAGAUUGUUGCUGCAGCUUUGUGUAAUUUACUUUGUGCUUUGAAUAGGUCUUUAUAUAUAUAUAUAUGGUAGAAUUGGUUUUAGGUGGA